AUGUACGCUGUAAGAGAAGAGGUGGAAGUCCUGAAGGAACAAAUAAAGGAAUUAAUAGAGAAAAACUCGACACUUGAACGUGAGAAUGCACUGUUAAAAUCCCUUUCAAACAGCGAUCAGCUGUCACAACUGUCGACCCAGGUUGGCGUCAGCCAACAACAGCCUCCAGUGACUACAGCUCCUCUGACUGCUCCGCAGACCGCACACCCUCCACAACAACCGAAUGUCUCUUCUGCAUAA